AUGGAGGCGAGUACGGCAAAACGGCGGAAGCUUAGCCACGGAGGCGGAGGACCUGCUUUCCUGGCUGGGGCAUCCUCCGGGUCAGCAUCCAGUGCCCUCAUUGAGGCAACUCAGGAGCUGGUCAACGACGUGCAGGUCGACUAUGGCCAGGCAUUCGAGGGCGUCGACCAGACAUUGCGCCAAUUCAAGGAGACCAUAGAAGCCCUCGAGCCACAUGAUCCCGAGCUCAUUACCAAAAUCACCGCAUCGUUUCAGAAGAAUGAGAAGAUCACCGUACCCUAUCCCAGCCCCAGGCCCGCGAAGGAUUCGCCAUACAAGCUGUCCUUCGCCAAACCCUCUCAGGUCAAUGUCGUUGGCUCCUACCAGCUCCGCACCAUGGUCAGGUCCCAGCCCGACAUGAGCGUCGACAUGAUUGUCGUCAUGCCGGCUUCAAUCUUCCAAGACAAGGACUACCGCGAUGGCCGUUACUUCCUAAAGAGAUCCUACUACUGCGCCUACAUUGCUGCAGGCAUUCGCAAAUCUGCUCCGUCGUUUGAUAUUGCCUUUGACCACCUCGAAGGAAACCAACUGCUUCCCGUUGCGGUCGUGCGACCCAAAGGUACCAAGUCCGACAAGAAGGGCUACGCCAUCCGAAUCAUCCCUUGUGCCCCCGACGGCCUAUUUCCGACGGCCAAGCUUGGGCUCACCAGCAGUAACACCAAGGAUUCCACAAAGCCUACCCCUUUCUACAACUCAACCCUGAGGGCCGAAAGCCUCUUCGUGCCGUAUCUCCGACUGCUGAACAACGCAGCCAAAUCGUGUCCUGCCUUCAGGGAAGCAUGCAUGCUAGGCAGGAUAUGGCUUCAGCAGCGAGGAUUUGGUUCCUCCUUAUCAGAAGGUGGUUUUGGUCAUUUCGAAUGGGCCGUCUUGGUCGCAUUGCUGUUGCAGGGAGGGGGUCGUAAGGGUGAGGCCGUGCUCUCCAGUGCGCUGAACAGCUCUCAGCUCUUCAAAGCGACGAUGCAAUACCUCGCCCUCACAAACCUGCAGAAAAAGCCUGUCGUAUUUGGAUCUCAGUCAGCGCCGGACAGUCUCCGACAAAACGGCCCCGUUGUAUGGGAUGCAGCCCGAGAACACAACCUUUUCUUCAAGAUGACAUCAUGGGCCGUCAACUUCCUUCAGCAGCAAGCCAAGUGGUCUCUCGCCGGGCUCAAGAGCGACUCGCUGGAUCAGUUUGACUCACUAUUUGUUGUCAAAGUCGACCAGAUGCUGCAAACGUUUGAUCUCGUUGUCAAGAUCCGGUCAACUGCUCAAUGUGAUGAUUCCGGGGGCGACACCAGUCGCGGCGUGGCUUGGGACUUUGCCGAAAGACUACACCGUGUGCUCAAACGGGCCCUUGGCGACAGAGCCCAACUUGUGCAUGCCGUACUUCCCAAACACACGGCGUGGUCUGUCACGGCGAACCCGCCGGGCAAAAAGGGAGGCGAUAUUCUCAUUGGUGUGGUAACUGACCCGUCUCUUGUCGCUCGAAAGAUGGACUUGGGACCGUCGGUCGAGCAGAAAGAAGAAGCGGCAAAAUACCGAGACUUCUGGGGGGAAAAGGCUGAGCUGCGACGGUUCCAAGAUGGCAGUAUUCUAGAGUCCAUUGAAUGGAAUUUGGACUCUGAAAGGAGUAUUCCGGAGCAGAUCAUUCGCUACGCCGCCAAAAAGCACUUUACUUUGCAGGGGGAUGACCUCAGCUUCUUUGGGGCCAACAGCUUCUCAAAGGUAGCACACCUCUCAUAUUCAGACGCCCAAUAUUUUUCUGCGGCGAGGCAAGGGUUCGAGUCUCUAGAAAAGGAGAUUCGUGAAGUGGAGGAUCUACCGUUGCACGUUCGGCAGGUCGCUCCAGUUGCUCCCGAGCUCAGGUAUGCAUCUCUGCAUCCGCCAUCUCCUGCUUCUCGACUUCCCAUGGACAUUGCCCUGUCCUUCGAAGCCUCGGGAAAGUGGACCGACAACGUGGCUGCAAACCAGCGCCUAAAGAUGGCAUUCUUGUUGAAGCUAGGGGCUUCGUUGGGUGAAACAAACCCCGAGAUCAAAACACAUAUUGGGCUGGAACAGGUCAAUCAUGAUUCUCGGAAUAUUGCAUUCUUGGAUGUUUCAUACGAGGAUGGGUUUGUCUACCGUAUCCGUCUGCAGAGUGAUGUCGACGAGAAGAUCUUGGAGACUCAACUCAGGAACAAGCAGUUGGACCGGCAGGCAUUGCAAGACGCUGCCGAGUCCCUGGCCAUCUGCAAGCGACUCUACACCAACCUGCCUCUGCACAGUCAGACGUUAUCAACUUGGUGCACUAGAUACCCACCACUGUCAGACUCGAUACGGAUGCUCAAGUACUGGUUCAGCUGCCACAGACUUGCGUCUCAUUUCAACGAGGAGCUUAUAGAACUAUUUGCUCUGAGGGCUUUCAUCACACCGUCGCCCUGGCAGGUACCGACCAGCGCGAUGACUGGCUUCCUUCGAGCUAUUCACCUGAUUGCAAGAUGGGAUUGGAUUGAUGAGCCGCUCGUCAUUGAUCACUCCGAGUCUAUCACAGCCGCCGAUCGUUCUGCCGUAUCAGCUCAAUUCCAUGAGUUGCGACGGCAGGAUCCGCGAAUGAAUAGAGUCGUUCUAUUCGUGGCUACAUCUCAUGACACGACUGGCACUGCCCAUACUCGGAAUGGGCCUUCUAGAGUCGUGGCUAAUCAGAUGACAAAACUUGCUCGCUCGACCUGUGAGGCCGUGAAGAACAAGGGCGUAGACCUUGAUCCCCGUUCACUCUUCCAGUCAUCUCUCAAACAUUACGACGUUGUUAUUCGUCUCAACUCUAAGGUUCUGAAGGCCAUGAUGCGAGAUGAUGGUAGCAAGCACUCCCAAUUCAAGAAUCUCGACAAGCUUCAUGGGGAGUCGGGUCCUCUUCCUCUGAUAGAACUCCCCGCCAAGACUCUUGCCAAGCAGUUGAAUGCUAUUUACUCCAACGCCAUUGUCUUCUUCCGCGGCGCUGGGGACGACAAUAUCAUCGCAGGUCUGUGGAAUCCUGAAAUUGGGACUAGGACCCGCAAGGUUGACAUGCCCUGCGCAUACAAGCCCGACGGCGAGGGGGAAUCACUCCAGGUUGACCGGGAGGCCAUCCUGUCAGAGAUCGCAAGGGUUGGUGGAGAUGUGAUAGAAAAGAUCGAAGUAAAAGGAACACAAUGA